AUGGUUGUGUGGACUGAUCAAGAGCGCGCUGCCAUCAGCGGCAUCAUGGGCGGCCUGAUCUACGAGGACGACGGCCCCAAGGCUCUGUGCAGGUGCCUGAUCGUUUACCCCUGGACUCAGAGGUACUUUGGCGCUUUCGGCAACCUCUACAACGCCGAGGCCAUCAAGAACAACCCCCAGAUCGCCACCCACGGCACCAAGAUCCUGCACGGUCUCGACCGGGCUCUGAAGAACAUGGACAACAUCAAGGAAACAUACGCCGAGUUGAGCGUGUUGCACUCUGAGAAGCUCCACGUGGAUCCCGACAACUUCAAGUUGCUGGCUGACUGCUUGACCAUCGUCAUUGCCGCCAAAAUGGGAAGCAGCUUCAACCCGGAAAUUCAGGCCGCGUGGCAGAAGUUCUUGGCCGUUGUGGUGUCCGCUCUGGGAAGGCAGUACCACUAA